GUUAAUUUUACUUAUAGCAUUUUUGUUGUAGGCAGAGCCAUCAAAUAAUGGUGAAUAGUUUUAAAUAAACAUUUUUAUUAAAAAUGGAAUUACCAAUAACAUAUUGCCUGUGUGGUCAACCUUUUGACGAUGAACAAUUUAUGAUACAAUGUGAUGUCUGCAAAGAUUGGUAUCAUGGAGCGUGUGUUAAUGUACGAGAAUAUAUGACAAUAGACCUUGACAAAUUUCACUGUCCACGAUGUGAAGCAACUAGUGGUCCAUCCUUAAUGAAAACUCGAACAAAUUGGCAUCGCCAUAAUUAUUUAGAAGUAAACGCUGAAACAAAACCUGUGCAAACUGGUACUCCAGUUUUUAUCAGAGAAUUAAAAUCGAGGCACUUUGCAAAAGCGGACGAAGUUUUGAAGCAUGUUAGAGGUCAACAAUUAACAAUACAAUAUUUAGAGAAUAAUGAUUUUGACACGCCUAUCAUCAUCGAUGGAAAAGAAGGUCUGGACAUGAUUGUGCCACCGUCCAAUUUUAGUGUUUACGAUGUUGAGAGUUAUGUCGGUGGAGAUAGAGAAAUGGACGUUAUUGAUGUUGCGAGACAAAAUAAUAUACGAAUGAAACUCAGAGAAUUUGUUGAAUAUUAUAAUGCACCUGUCCGAUCAAGAAUUUUAAAUGUCAUCAGUCUUGAAUUCACAAAUACUGGUCUUGCACCACUGGUUGAAGCACCUUACAUUGCACGCAAACUUGAUUGGGUGAAUGCAGUGUGGCCACGAGACUGGCCUGAAGACAGUGAAAUGAAACGUCCGGAAGUACAAAAAUAUUGCCUAAUGGGCGUAAAGGAUAGUUUUACAGAUUUUCAUGUUGAUUUCGGUGGCACAUCCGUCUGGUAUCAUAUUUUACGCGGGGAAAAAAUAUUUUAUCUCAUCAGACCGACACCCACUAAUUUACAAUUAUAUCAACAUUGGAUGUGCAGUUCAACGCAAAGUGAAACAUUUUUCGGCGAUCAAGCCGACGCAUGUUACAAGUGUACAUUAAAGCAAGGACAAACCAUGUUAAUACCAACUGGUUGGAUUCAUGCCGUUUUAACACCAGUCGAUUCCCUCGUCUUUGGGGGAAAUUUCGUUCACAGUCUUAACAUUCCCAUGCAAAUACAAAUUUACGAAAUAGAGAAGAAAAUGAAAACACCGUACAAAUUUCAAUAUCCUGGUUUCGAAACAAUCAAUUGGUUUGCCGCAAAAAAAUUGUUGAAAGAAUUAAAAGAAUUGAAUCACGAGGGUAAAAAAUGUCCUGCCUAUUUUUUGCAAGGUGUUAAAGCCUUAUUGAGUAUACUCAAACAAUGGAAUACCGAUAAAGAUUAUAAUAUGGCAAGUCGAAGUCAAAUACCAGCGAGUAUGAAUAGUCAAAAAUUACUGAAAGAUAUCAGUAAAGAAAUUCGCCACGCCGAGAGAUAUUUAAUAUCUCUAAAUCCCCCAAAACCAGAACGUGAAAGUAAACGAAAGAAGAAAAAACCAUUGAAUAAAGAUUUUGUUGACUAUGAAAGUGCUGAUCGUAUGAAAAAUAGUCCAUUCAGUGCAACACUUAACGAAGCAAAUAAAAAAACUGACACUGUUAUCAAUGAAACACGAACAAAUUGUAGGCCUCCGAUAAAAAUGACACUACCAAAACCACUUCCUGCCUUUUCGUUUGUUAAAGAAAAUGCAAAUACACCAAAAGCAAGUGACAUGACAUUUACUAAAAAACGGGCAUCGAAAGUCGGCAAACAAAGUCCAAAAGUUAUUAGAUUUAAAUUAGGUGAUAAGGAAAUGGUUCGAAGUACAAAUGACAAUAUUAAUAUUUAUGGAAAUUUUGCAAUAGAUAGUACAGUUGAAACGCCUAAGGAAUUAACGUGGAAGCAAACGUCGGUUUAUGAUUUUCACGAUGGUAGUAAUGAAAGUGAUGUGGAAAAAUUUACCAUCGACGAAGAGCCAAAGCGAAAGAAAGUCACGAAAGCACCGCAAAAAAGGGUUAAACGUUUAUGUACACAAGAUAAUAAUAUUCCUAAUGAAACAAUACCGAAAAAUGGUAUCGAGGAACUUUUAAAGGCAUCCGCCUAUACUUUGGGAACAACGAGUCAACGAUUGGACGUCAAUCCUUCUGUGUCGAACUCCUAUUUCGAACAACCGGCCGCAACACCGAAUAUGGGUUCUGGCAGGGCUUCGCCAUCGACGCAGGAUGCGAUUGCCGGAAUGUUGUCGAUAAGCGGUCAAUGUUACUCCUCAACGUCAAAGAAACCAGUGAAAACGCAAAAAGCAAAACCGCCAAAAGCAAUAAUCGAAGACGAGGAUCUUUUACUUGAAAACAUUGACAAAGUCCAUCAAGAUGACGAUUUCAUUUAUCCAGCAUUAGACGUAUCGGAUGAUGAGGAAUUUGCUUUCAAAAAUAAAGGCAAACGAGAGGAGGACGAAGCUUGGAAUCCAAAAGCGAGAGUUGGACCACUUUUACCAAAAACUAAUCGUCCUGCGCGAGAAGGUGCUAAAAAAACAUCAGUGGAGAAAGGAUUGGAAGCAGCCGCUGCUAAACGAGCGAAGCAACCGUCGACAUCGAAAAGAACGUAUAAUAAACGGAAGCAAAAAGAUCUAAAUAUUGCAUCAGCUGCGACAAGUUCUGUAAUACCAAGGGAAAGUACACCUAAAGCAAGUACCACUACUUAUACAUCAAUUUUAUCCAGUCCAAACAGAUUAAGAGAUGUUAAGGCAAAACUUGCCGCUCCCGUUCCAGUUGAGCGAAAACCGAAAAAGGGGAUGAAAACAGCAAAACAACGUUUGGGGAAAAUUCUAAAAAUUCACAAAAUGAUUCACUAAAACUCCAGAAGAAGAAAUAUUUAGUAGUUUUUAUUUUUAUUCAAAAUCAACUUUGGUAGUUCCGAACUGCUAUGUAAAUAGAGCGAGUAUUUUUUUUUAAUUUGAAACAAAUAGAAAACUUGUUUUCAAGUAGAUAGUUUAUUUUAAUUUUCUAUUGACUAGUUAUUUUUUUAUUUUAUAUUAUUUUUUUUUUGAUUUUUUUUUUUUUUUUUUUUUUAUUUUAAUGUAUAAACGAAACUUCCGAGCACAGUAUUCUGAUCACAGUAUAGAAAUAAUACAACGAUUGGUUAAAGUUGAAUACCUCAGACAUUUUAUAUUCUUUCUAGUUGUAAAUACGAUAAUUCCAAAAGCGAAGAAAAAAAAAGUUAUGUUGACAAUCAACCCCCGAUGAACGAAAAGUUUAUUUAUUUACUGAGGUUUAAAAAAAAUAAAUCUAAUUUUCGUUAAAUUUCUAAUUGGUAUUUUUGCAUAAGAUAAAUAUAAAAUAAUUAUAGAGUAUUUAAAAGAUUACAUUAACACUUAAGAAUUAUUGUAGGAAUUUGUUGUCAAACAGCAAAUAAAAUAUAUAAAUGAAAUUUAUAAAAAAAAAAAAAAUUAUUGUCAAGUUUUUAAUUCUUGCAAUAAAAUUCAAUUUAUUUACAAGUCUGAAUAUUUGAAAUAAUCUACAUGAAUGUAUAUAUAUUCGUAAUAUGUAUUGCAAAAUCUUUAGACAACUUUAAUGAAUAGGCUUAAGAGAGGCUGUAUUUGAUUAUAAUCGUAUACUUUUCAUAGAUUUACCUUUCUUGUGAUUUCUGAAAAGGAAAAAAAAAAAAGUAAAACUUGUAACAAGAAAGGUAAAAUAUUAACUUCAAAAGUGUUAUUAUUAUUAUGUAAACAAUAUAUAUUCGUACGAGAAAGCAUUUGUGAAUAUAACAUAUUCUAUUUUUAAACUCACAAAAUUAUAUACUCUACAUUUAAUUUCGAUAAUUUUACUAACAAAGAAUGUAUGUUUAGUAAUUUUAUUGCUUCAGUAUUGUUGUGUUUUUAAUAUACAUAUUAAUCUGACGAAAAAUCUACGACCAUAAAUGCUGUGAAAAAAGACUUUUUUACUAUAUAAAUACCUUGGCGGUAAACUAACAAAUUUUUUUUUUUUAAUUUUUGACAAAAUGCAAUUUAUUUGUUCUUAUAUUUAAUAUUACAUAUUAAGCAACUAGAGUAACGAGAUUCAAAUCAUUUAUAGUACUUGUAUUUCAUAAAAAUUAUGGGAUAAACUUCGAAAUUAAAAUAUGUUUUUGCACUCACA